CGAGGUUUGGUCGCAAUUCAAAAUAAAAUCAACAGUCGAAUCCGUAUCGAAUACGAGCCAAGACCCGGUCCGCGAUGGCUCUGGUUUAGCUUGCUGAGGAGGGUUCGAGCGUGCAGGGCCAAGCUCGCGUAUCCAAUCGUCGGCCCGUUGCUUUUUGUCCCCGGCUAAAAUAAAAUGAGUAUGGGGCGGAGUUCAUCAAAAAGCCCCUAAUCCAGGGCCAGACAAGGCUGAGCUCGAGGCUCUUCGCUUCUUCUGGCCGGAGUCUCCCACUCUCCUGCUCUCCUCUAGCUUUCCUCACGCGCACCUCGAAAAUGGCCGGCAGUGCGUCCUUUCGAUCCCGACUGGGCUUGCUGUUUUGCACUGCGCUGCUUGUCAGCCUGUCCACUGCAACAUGUUACUAUCCAAGUAAAAAGGAGACUUACGAUGACGUCCAAUGUGAACCCGGUGAGGAGGACAGUGCAUGCUGUGGCAGAGGGUCAAUCUGCCUGGAUAACGGCCUCUGUCUGUCCCAGGACCAGCCCUUUGGUCUUUCGCGCGGCACCUGCACAGAUCGCGAUUGGAAGAGUGCAAAGUGCCCCACGUAUUGCACGAAAACACAGCGCACCGGAGUUGCGAUCGUGCUUUACAAUGUGACCGAGGAUGGUGAGAGCCAAUACUGUUGCAACUCCAUUGUCAACAGGCCCGGAGAAGAGUUCCCAGCAUGCGAUUACGACGAGCCCUUUACAAUCGAAUCCGCCAAGUUCAUCCCGGGGGUGGCGCUCUUGGAGGGCUACGUGAAAGAGUCCGACGCCAACACUAGUACAAGCGACGCAAACACUACCUCCUCGUCCACAGAUACCAAGGAGGCUCAGGAUACCGGUUCAUCGAACCACGAUGUUGCGAUUGGGGCAGGAGUCGGGGUACCAUUGGGGGUGAUUGCCCUUUUAUCCAUUGCAUGGGCGUUGUACGAGCGGAGUCAACGGAAGAGGUUAUUGCAAGCAACACCCCCGACAAUCAGCACAGUCGGUCCGUAUCACGAUGAAAAUAAGCCAUGGGGUCAUCAUGAGCUCCCCUCGAAUCCCUCCAACCAGGCUCCAUCCGAGUUGCCAACUCCGCCCAUUGAACGGUAACACGCAUCUACCGGUGCAGGAGUACAUGAGGGUUGUAUAUAGAAAUCUUUGCACAUGGAAAGUGAUAAGACAUGGGUCUCACUGUAUCAGUACUCAUUUAAUAGUAUAAUUGUGAAGUGGCUAAAAAUUCAAAAUAUUCCAUACCACCCC